AUGUGGAGUCCUCACCAAAAAGAUUCGCAGAAACAAACCCGCGCCUCAACCAUCAUGUUUGAAGAGGGAAUUUAUUUUUCAGAGGAUGAAAUCAAACUAACAUUAGAAUUACCCAAAAAUAUUGAUCCUGACGAUCAUCGCAAAGGUAUUAGGUGA